ACUUACAAAUUUUUGUCCUUUUUUUAAAGGAGGUUGCUAUUGGGAGAACUUUGAGUCUUUCCAGGAAAGAUUUGAUCUACAACACUUUUUAGUAAUGGUUUGGCUUUCAUAAAAUUUUACUGUGGGUUGUCAAGGGCACUUGCAUGAAACUGGGAUAGAACUUUAACAUCAAAUCACUUCCCACCCCACCGUGUUGUUGCAAGAUACCUGCUGGUAGCGGAUCUGCCGUGGCACUGCACUGCAAGUGCACUCAGAGUGAUUUACAGAUCUACUAGAGAAAACGCUUUGUGAAAAAUCGGCAGCUUCUGGAGGAAGAGAGAACGUCACUGUGCUAGUACUGCUGUUAGAGAGCAACCCGGAGAAAUGCCAUUUGGGCAGGAUCCUCUGCAUGUCUCCUCCCUUUCUGAUGCAGUAUAAAUAUCUUCAAUGACACUGAACUUAAUUUAGCUGCAAUGCCUGCUGCGCAAAGUGUGCAUCUUACUGAUUCUGUGGCCAGAAUACGGUGUCUGUGAAAACUUGCGGAAAUUGGAGAUCACAGGAGUGUCCUGUCGAGAUGUUUAUGCCAAACGUAUAAACCCACGAGUGAAGUCGGGGCGUUUUAUGAAAAUCCUUCCCGACUACGAGCACAUGGAGUACAGAGAUGUUUACACCUGCCUACUGCACCGAUACCGACACAUCCUGGGAUUAUGGCAGCCAGACAUCGGGCCCUACGGGGGACUGCUGAACGUGGUGGUAGAUGGUUUGUUCAUCAUCGGGUGGAUGUACUUGCCACCUCAUGACCCUCAUGUUGAUGAUCCGAUGAGAUUCAAACCUCUCUUCAGGAUUCAUCUCAUGGAGAGGAAGUGUGCGACAGUUGAGUGUAUGUAUGGUCAUAAAGGACCCCAUAAUGGCCAUAUCCAGAUUGUAAAGAAAGAUGAAUUCUCCACGAAAUGCAACCAGACAGAUCACCAUCGGAUGUCAGGGGGAAGGCAAGAGGAAUUCCGGACGUGGCUAAGGGAAGAGUGGGGUCGGACUCUGGAAGACAUCUUCCAUGAACACAUGCAAGAGCUCAUCUUGAUGAAAUUCAUCUACACCAGCCAAUAUGACAACUGCUUGACAUACCGACGCAUCUACCUCCCUCCUAGCAGCCCUGAUGACCUUAUAAAGCCAGGUCUCUUCAAAGGAACGUACGGGAGCCAUGGGCUGGAGAUUGUCAUGUUGAGCUUUCAUGGGAAGAAAGCGAAGGGGACUAAAAUCACCGGAGAUCCCAACAUCCCAGCUGGGCAGCAGACUGUGGAGAUCGACCUGGCGCAUCCUCUGCAGCUACCCGACAUCGAGAACCUUCGCGAUUUCAGUGAGCUCUCUCGCAUCGUCCUGGAGAUCCAGGAGCAGGUACGUCGGGAGGAGCAGGAGCAGGAGCAGCGGCAGGAGGAAGAGGACUGCUCCCAGCAGGCUGCCUCCCAGUCUGCUGCGAGGCCCCUGGGAGGAGAAGGUGCUGAGGGGGAAGAGACUGCGGCUGGGGCGGAGGGGACGACCCAGGACAAGGCACCAGCUUCCCAGCCCUUUGUGCUGCCCAUGGGAGUCAUAUCGAGGAAUGAAGACUAUCCCCGGACCUGCCGAAUUUGUUUUUAUGGGACGGGGCUUAUUGCUGGCCACGGCUUCACCAGCCCCGAGCGAACACCAGGUGUUUUUGUUCUCUUUGAUGACGAUCGCUUUGGAUUCAUCUGGCUGGAGCUGAAGUCCUUCAGUCUCUACAGCCGGAUCAAGGUCUCCUUCCAGAACGCUGAAGCGCCUUCCCGUGAGGCUUUUGAUGAAAUGCUGAAGAACAUUCAGUCUCUGGCUACUUGACGGGUGAUUUGUGACGGACAGGGCUAGGGGUUGCAAAGGCUGCUGCACUCCCCAGCCAGGGCUGGGGAUUCCUUGCUCUUGGUACCUCUGAAUAAAAGCAUGCACUUUUAAUAAAGCCUUUUUACCCCAAACAUACACAUCCCGGUUAAAAUAUCCAUGGCUGCCCUUUCCUCCCUGCCACUCCACACUGCUGCUCCCUAGCAGUCCUUGUUACCCAGUCUGUAACAUAGCUUUGUAUAGCUGAAGGGAUCCUGCAGAGGAGGAAACAGAGCUGUCUUACUGCAAAAAGGAUGUAUUGGAGCAAAAAUAACUCAAGGUCAGAGCUGGAUCAGAACAACAUCUAAUUGACAGAAUGGAUACAAGCCCUCUGCUCUGACCAUUAGCACUCUCCCGUGGCUGUUUUUCAAGAAGGGGGCUCAUUUAAGCCUUUGCUGUGCUCUAGGCUGAUCUGUCCUCCUGGGAGAUUUGCUUUACCCUCCUGAAAACCUGUGCAGUCCCCCGCUGCAGCCUGGCUGGCUGUUUAAUGAUAAAUUGUGUCAGCAGUGACAAAGCACGUCCUCCUCUCCAGAAACCUUUCUCUGGGUGCAGCGUUGUCAAGAGAGGCUGGUGUAAUACCUGCAUCCUUGGCUUAGUAAUUGGAGUGGGUGGUUUUCUUUUGAGAAACUCCCUCAGCUUGGCAGCAAGGGGAGGAUUCCCACUGUAAAUGACAGUCUGUGUAGCGUUGCCCUGGCUUCUGGAGCUUGAUGGAUGUGCUGUCCCUGGGGCUCCAGGUCUGGGUGUUUCCCUGAGCGUAGAGGAAAUGAUUCUUUUUUUUCUUAGAGGAGCUGGGUAUGGAACUCGAAGUGAAUGUAAGCUGCAGAAGCUGGUGUGUGCAGGCUGGUUUUGUACCUGAAAGGUUCACCUCAGAUCUUGUAAAGCAGGUCUGGAAAUGUAAAGGAAGGAGAAAAGAGAAAACUAAGUGUGAAAUAAGCCCAACUGCAGCCUGCUGACUCCUGUUUGCGAUGGGCAGCAGAAGGUGCCACGUGUCCCGGGUACUGAUGUGACCCCAGCUACGUGUUGUUCUUGUAUCAGGUUGCCCUGUGCAGUCUGAAGGAGAGAUGAGGGAUUCUCCUAAGAUUGCCUUGGCUUGUUCUGGCACCUUUUACAGUUGGUGCUGACAGGUGGGUGCUGCUGCUCCACUCACAGGACCCUUCUGUUCCCUUUCUAGUCGCAUUUGUUUCAUCUCAGAUGAUUGCUGCUUCCACAGAAAGCUCCUGGGCUUAAUUUCUUUCCAUGAUACCUGCAUUCUAUGUGGCAGAUCUGAGCUCCCCUGGGAAAUGUGGGCUGCAAGUGAGGAAGCAGAUUCCCCGUAGACUGUCCAAUGCAGGAAAAUCCUGGCCAGUGCUGAUCUACAGGCUGUGAGUUGUGCUAUAAACCCAUCAGCAUUCACAUCAGGAUAUGUUACUAACCCUGUGUAGGAAGAGAUGGUCAGGAUCCUUGUGUGUAGAGAAAAGAGCUGUUUGUAAGGAAUUUUGUGGUUCCAAGCAAAAUACAUCCUUUGUUGCAGUUGCUCUCUAGCUGUGAUGAUAAACUCCCAGGUUUCUUCUCUCCCUGCUACCAGUUGGAUCAGUGUCUUAACAAAAUUCUGCCUUUACGUCUUCUGCAGGUUUUGGCUUGUAAAUGUAUCUCUGCAUCUGUUGGGUUGGGAGGAUUCGGGCUCCUUCGAUGGAGAAGUUGCAGCCACUGCCUAGUUUCACUGGCUGCGAGCAGCUUUUAUUCUCACUCUUACAAGGGCCUUUUGCCAUUUCUGGCUCUUGAGCGUUCCCUCAAGCUGCGCGAGAACCGAGUCUCCAGCAGAGACUUUGAGAAGGUCACAUCGCUCACAGGAUUAAUUCCUGUUUCUCUGGAUAUAGUUUUACAAACCUCUGGGAAUUUGAAGGUGAUUUGGGGCACUUUCUCCUUUGUUUCCUACUGCUUCGUCAGGGGUGGAAAACCUGCCUCGGUGUUAGAGGUGAGGAUCUGAAGUGCUAUUACUGUUCUGGUGAAUAAGCUAUAAAAAGUAGGUUGUUUCUGAGCAGCCUGUUAGAGGUGUUCGUGUCGGCAUUAGCAGAGGGAAGAGUUGACUUGGAUCUCACCCCGUCACGCGGAGCUGGGAGAGCAGAAGGGUGGCAGUUCUGAGCCUUGGCGUGUGGGCAGAGGUGAGCUGAAGCUGAAAUCAUGCACCCUUUGCCGAGCUGUGCAGAAGGAGAGCGUGUACUUAACCUUGCAGACAGAGGUUUCCAGCUCGACGAUGCAGAUUUCUGGGAUACCUAAAGACGUCAGGAGUCGGUUCGGCAUCGGGGUGGCUGGUUUAUCUUGGAGCUGGCUGUUAGGCUGGUACAGCCAGUAUGUUUUGUAUUCUCCCGUGCAGCCUAAAGGGAUGAGAGAGGUCCCCUUGGGCAGCUGUUUCAGUUGCUUGUCCCUAAAACCAGCUCUGCUUCAGCUGCAAAUGGAUCCAUAGCGCUGAUUGUGGAUCCCUCCUUCCUUCAGUGUCCCUGCUCACCUGAAAAAAGAAAAAUCCUGAAGCUUUACCUAACUGACUUAAUAGUUUUUGCUUUUUUGUUUUUUAAAGGAAGAUUGAAAAUCCAGACUGUAUCGAAUGCGCUAUGAGCACUUGGCCUGAGACCUGAGUCACUGUCUCCUAAGUACAGACGCUGACUCUGUAGCUGGUCUCCUCCCUGUAACCUGCUGUGUUGGGCUGGCUGAGUGUGUAAAUGCAGUGUAGGUAUGUUCUACUGCUGUGUCAUAAAAUGCUUUUAGUAGUUGUUACCUGCAGCUUAAAUCCCCCUUGAUGGCAGGAGCCUGCUGGGGAGUGCAAGCCCGUGGAUAGCGGCUGGCAGGCGUGUUUUGCUCGGUGCAGGAUACACAUCUGCCUCCUCACUGGGCUGAGGACCCGCUGGGUGGCUGUUGGCACAGGUUGUGCAUCUGCUCUUCUCCAGGCUAAGGUGAUGGUUCUGCUUGUAGCUUGUCCCUGCUGAACUCUUUCAGUGGCAGCGUUAAGGGUCUCCCUUCCGAAGGCAAGACCUGCUUGACUGGCUGGAGAGAAGGACUUUGCAGAGGCUUGAUGCCCUGCAGGAACUUUUCACAGCUCAGCUUUGCCCCUGUAGUAGCCUUUUUUUAUUUACAGCGUACCUGAUUGGCCUCAAAAUGUCAGAAUGUGCUAGUCCUGAUUAAAGGCAAAACUGCUGAUACGCUGUGGCUUUAUUCUGUCUUGAGCAAAGGCAAGGAAAAUAGCAAAUUUGGUAUUAAUGCUCCUCCUCUGCCUUUUCACCUUCCGUUCCUCAAAGCCUGGCAGGCUUUUGUGGCAUUUCAGAAGAAAAUUCCCUCCGGUUUGGCUUAGGAUGAAGAAAGCCACUAAGACGGUGAUUUUGGAGAGGCUGGCAUAAAUGCUGUGGGUGCUGCUGCGCCUUUGCUCGUUCCUCUGUGUGUGGCUACAUCAGCGCUUUUGGAGAGAGGCAGAGUAACAUGGGAAGGAGUUACAGCUUGCAGCUCUGAAGGCUUUGGGAGAGGGGAAUGAAGAAGAGGAGUGCAGCCAGAUGUAGUGGCAGGCGGUUUGGGUCUGAGCGUCGCCCGUGGCCGUGGGGGAUGCGACUGUAGCUCCGUUCCAGCCUUCCCUCGCGGUUCCUGGGGGCUGACAGUACAGUAUUUUGCUGUACCACCCCCCCCCGUGCAAUAUGUUUCGGUGCAUACCCUGCUUGUUUCCUGAACCCUAGCUGCCCAGCUUGUUGGGAUAUUUCUGGGAGCUGCUGACAGGGAUAAUGUGCGGUGGUGCCGUGCAGAUGGUGAUAAAUUUCUGGUGCCGACGUGUCCUAGUCCUCUUCACUCUCUGGAAAAUCUUGGGGACAAUUGGCUUCAUUUCUUGAUCCCAGAUGGGUAGAAAGUGCUGGGGAAGAUGGAAAGCAACUUGUCAGGGGUAGGAAUACUCUCUCAGCAGAAGCCUCUUGGAAUAAAUAAAGUGCUUGCAGUUGGGUUGCAGAGCAGCGUUGCCUCGAUAGCCACAGCAAGACCUAGGGCUUAAUUCUAGACUGGCUUACGUGCUCGGGCUGUGUUGUGCUCCUAGAUCAUGCUUUCUGUGUUGUCAAAGCACAUGGGUUUGGCCAGCUGGAAAACAGAAGCAUCAAAGAUCCUCGUCCACUCAGUUUGUUUGCCUUGGGCUUGAUUUCAUAGCUAUAAAUACGCUGAGAUCAGGCGUUGUGGUUGCAGGAGACUCACUGCAGUCCACAUGGACUUGUCAGGCUUUUUGUUUUUCUUGAGGAGGAGGAAAAGGGAUGGAAUUACUUGUAACUUUGGCUGUCAGCUUACCUCUGGAGUGAGCAGUGCGUGCUGCCACAGCUGCUCUGGAACAGGACAACAGAGGUCAGAUGGCAAUUAGUUAGGAAACUUGUACUGGAGAGAAAGCAAAUUCAUGCGCAAGCUUGCUUGGAGGUGUAAGCUACAAGAAAAAAAAAAUACAAAACCAAAAUGCAGCUGGCUCAAUGUUUACUUUUAAACAAGGAUGGCUUUUAUGGCUUCUUAUUAAUUUAAAACUAGUGGAACUUAAUGGGAGUGUUGGGUGUUGUGUGGAAAUGGGUUGUAUAAUCUCAACUUGCUAGUUUAGGAAAUGAUAAUAUAUUAACUCUGUCUUGUAGCUGGUUGCUCACGUGGCCGAUAAUCUUCUGUUGUGUUCAGCUGCCAAAGGAUUGCGUGCUGGCCUUCGCGCUGCUGGCCAGACGGACAGCCUAACUUACCAGUUGGACAGUGAAAUAUUUGAGAUGUGUGAUCAGGCGGUGGAGUGGAAGAUACGUUACCAAACUGUGAGUGCCACUGAUUUUUUUUUUUUAUUUUUUUUUUUUUUUUUGUGUGUGCGCGCUGAAUUAAAAUGUAUGACUCUGGGUUUUGUUUGGAUUGCAGUCUUUUUAAUUUUUGAGGAAAAGAGCACUCGGAUAGACUGUUCAUUAGUUUAAUUAAAGCAAUCUGCACUUCUUUUCAUUGACUAAUACUCUUCCCCUAAGCAGGUGUCCCCUGUUUCCUUGUGUAUUUUGCACUCACCACUUUAAUGUGACACCAGUGGAUUGAUCUGGGCAUCUCCUGUAGGCUAUGAGUGUAAAUAAGUCUCAAAGUACUUAUUAAAAAUGAAGGUGAAACACCAGAUCCCUGCUUCAUAGAGGGUAGUGCCGAGGGAAAAGGUGAGCUUUUCUUUCUGAAAUUCCAUUUGACAUCGAAGACCUCAGUUUCAUGCCACAAAUAUUCUGUGUGGAACAUGAUAACUGUAGUUUAAACAACUCGCCUGCCCGGUCUGCUCCCCUCUCUGAGGGAUGGGGCUUUGCCUGUCCUGUGUGUGGGUUUGAGAGGAACGGGCUGUAUAAAAGCCAGAUGUGACUUUGCAACACUUGACCUACUUCAUCCCAGGUAUCAGAAAGCCGAGCGAAAGGCGUGUGUUACUUUUACACCUGAUCAUUGUUACCCAAGGAGCGUUUUCCAAUUUCAAAUAAUAAAAAUGAAAGUUUUGUGAACCUA